AGAAGACGGGGCUAUGAGAUCCACCUGGCAAGGGAAGGCUGGUCGCAGCCCACUCCAGGCCCUGUACGAGAGUGAUCAGUUUGAACAGUCAUCACUGCAGGCGGUUCACCAGCAGAGACGGGAGCUGUUGAGCAACAUCUGCAACCGUUACACCCGCAAGCGGCGUCUCCUGCGGCCGGAUGACUUGCGGCACUUGGUUGUGGAUGAUACGCAUGGGCUGCUCUACUGCUACGUGCCCAAAGUGGCCUGCACUAACUGGAAGCGAGUGAUGAUGGUCCUGACGGGGCAAGGCAAGUACCGGGACCCACUGGAAAUCCCCGCCAACGAGGCCCAUGUCUCAUCCAACCUGCGCACCCUCUCUGAGUAUAGCAUCCCUGAGAUCAAUCACCGCCUGCGCAGCUACCUCAAGUUCAUCUUUGUGCGCGAGCCCUUUGAGCGCCUGGUCUCAGCAUAUCGCAACAAGUUCACUCGCAGCUACAACACGGCCUUCCACAAGCGCUACGGGACCAAGAUCAUCCGGCGGCACCGGCAAGAGCCCAGCGACAAGGCCCUGGAGCGUGGGGACGACGUGCGCUUCGAGGAGUUCGUCUACUACCUGCUGGAUCCCCGGACGCAGCGGGAGGAGCCCUUCAACGAGCACUGGGAGCGGGUGCACUCACUUUGCCACCCCUGCAUCGUCCACUAUGACGUGGUGGGCAAGUAUGAGACCUUGUCUGAAGAUGCCAACUACAUCCUCCAGCUGGUUGGGGCCGACACAAGUGUCAAGUUCCCAUCUUCAUCCAAGACUACCAGGACAACGGACGACAUGACAGCCCAGUUCUUCCAGGACAUUAGCCCCUUCUACCAAAGGAGACUCUUUAAUUUAUACAAAAUGGACUACUUGCUCUUCAAUUACUCCAUCCCCUCGUACCUCCGCAUCCGAUGA